GCUGUGCUCUCUCAUAGGCGAUGCGCUAAACUGACGACUCUGACUUGGACUGCAACGGAGACGGACGGACGGGGAGGUCCUAAUGAGCACAGCAGCAGCUGGGAGCACUUCACCACGUGACCCGAGAUAUGUUAGCUAGCAGCCGUCGUCACUUCAUCUAAUUCAUGUCGUCCGGACUCGGAUGGGCAAAGGUGAGUCUCUGGAGUGCCUGCCCACCUAUCUAAUGUGUAAUGAAACGACAAGUUUGGCAACUUUGCUGGCCAAAGUUCCAGAACAACAGAAUCACUGACACGGCAAAGUCAAAAUGUCAGCAGAACUGCUGUGUUAGCCCAAAUCAAUGUAAGCUUCCCAAACCACAUCUUGACCUUCUGAAACCAGAGACAGAGGAGCAAAGACCUGCUACUUGGGUUUCAGGAGUCGACCGGAGCUUGACUACCCCCCCCAGUGGACUUUGAGGAGGGGGGAGUAGGAAGAAGGCGAGGCCGCUGCCGUUAAUGCUCAGAGUAUGGGGCAAAAAGUCCCAGGUGGUAUAAAAACCAUUGAUAUGCGAGAUCCAGCAUUCAGCCCACUGAAGCUGGAGUUACAGGCCCUAAAUCACACCAAGCCUUCUCGACUGGACCUGCUGCUGGACAUGCCGCCCGCCGGCGCGGACGUCCAGGUCAAGCACUCCUGGAACAAUGACGACCGCUCGCUCAACAUCUUUGUCAAGGACGAUAACAAGCUGGUCUUCCACAGGCACCCCGUGGCGCAAAGCACGGACGCCAUCCGGGGCCGCGUUGGCUAUACGCGGGGACUGCACGUUUGGGAAAUCAGCUGGGCCAUGCGUCAGAGGGGCACGCACGCGGUGGUCGGCGUGGCCACGAGCGCCGCGCCACUCCACUCGGUGGGCUACACGGCGCUGGUGGGAAGUAACAGCGAGUCUUGGGGUUGGGACCUGUGCAGGAGUAAACUCUACCACGACAGCAAUCAUUCCGGAAAGACGUACCCUUCCUUCCUCGAGCCGGAUGACACCUUCCUCAUACCGGACUCCCUCUUAGUUGUCUUGGACAUGGACGAGGGGACGCUGGGUUACAUCGUGGAUGGCCAUUACCUGGGGGUGGCCUUCCGAGGACUUAAAGGCAGGAAGCUGUACCCGGUGGUGAGCGCUGUGUGGGGACACUGUGAAAUACGAAUGCGGUACAUCAACGGACUUGACCCUGAACCUCUGACUCUGAUGGACCUGUGUCGCCGCUCGGUGCGUGUGGCUCUUGGGAGGGAGCGUCUGAGUGAAAUUCCAAGGCUGCCCUUGCCGGCCUUUCUCAAGAACUACCUGCUCUACCAAUGACGACACUUUCAAGUUCAAUAGUAACUAUACCACCCCUCCCCUUGUCCCUCUCUUAUUUCUCUCUUGUGCUUCUCUGGGAUCCUUCUUUGGUCAAACUUGUCUGACAGCAUUUCCGAGGCCUGUUAGACAGACUUGGGCUCACAGAUGUUUCAAUAAGUAUGCUGUUGUGAUAGUGGCUGGACUUUUUUUUUUGGAGGGUCUUCUCCUGUUUUAAUGGCUUGUCCAGUUGUACUCUUAACUUAAAAGAAAUCAGGAAUCACUGAGUUUCUAUGCACAUGCUGAUAGGACAAACUAUGCCUUGACAGUCAAGCCAAUAGUGGUCAGUGUCUCAUGUAAAACUCAAGACUGUCUGUCUUGGUAAUAUUUUAAUAUUUUGAUUGCAAUAAAAUUAAACUUGUGCUAAGGCGCAGUUGCGCAAUAGCCACAAGGUGGCAGCAUUUAUGCGUGUCAUGCAAAUAUGAGCACGAGAUGAGCUGCAGGUCGUCCAUGUCCCUGAGGAUAUUAAAAAUGGAGGAUGAAAGCAGUUUUCUUUUUUUUUUUUUUUAAGUGAUGAUUUUUAGAUAGACAACCGAAGUGAGAUGCUGACCACACCAGUGAGGCUAAUGUAGUGCGGCAUUGACCCGGUAUUUCCUGCUCACACGCAAGGCAUCUGACUAGAACUACUAACUAAAUCAGCAGAAAUCUUCUGAACUAUGUCACUGUGAUCAUUCAUCGCAUGUAUCUGCAAGAAAUGAUUCUUUUUGUGAUUGCAUUGUUUUUAAAGUUUCUUUAAUCUGUUUCUUAGUGCAAUUUUGACUUCUGUCAUUCCCACAUUCACAGUCACAGGUUAGUGCACAAAGUAAAAACCAGCUCAUUGAGAAGUGUGAAUGGAAGCGGCACAUAUCGAGGCACAUGUUUGUGCGUCAACACAACUGUAUACAACUUAUAGCACCAUGAUUGACAAAUCAGAACGACAAUCCACAAUGUGCUGCUCUGAUGUCAUCAAGGUUCUGCGCUGCCAUCAUUGUCAAAUGGCACGUGGUACUUCAUAUCACGCCUGUUGAUUCUGGUGUAUCUAAACGUGUCGUGCAGCUCUCUGAUCUUCAGUCAGCACUCCAUGUGCCACAGCUGUUUUCCUUACUGCUUGCAUUUUAUUUGUACUUGUAGAUGUGUUUAUGUAGCUAUUAAAGAUUAUUUCCUGUUGA